ACGGGAGCGGCCCAAGAAAUAGAAAAAAGACAAAAAAAAAAAAAAAAGAGUCAUUAGAGAAUUUAUCUGGUAUGUGAUUGAAAAUGAUUUGGGGAAUUCUUAUAAAAUGUUUUUUUAUUAGUACCCCUAAUAUUGUAUUAGUACCGCUACAUUAUUUCAGUUACUACAGUUUAUAAACAUGGCAUUAUUAAUAUCUUAUUUGCUUUCUAUUUGUCUCCUUCAUUAGAAUAUAAGCUUCAUGGAAGUAGAGACUAUUUUUUUCACUGCUGAAUUCAACAAAUCUUCAAUUGUGCUUAGUAGGCACAUAAUAGGUACUAAAUGAAUAUUUGUUUAAUGAGUCCAAGAAUGAUAGAGGUAAGUCAUCUAUCUAAAGCAUUUCUUCUUCUGAUUCUUAUAUAAGCCAAAAGGACUGAUUCUUCGUAUUUCAUCUGGGGAAUGGACUCUGUCUUUCUACACAUAGCAAUUAAGGCUGCUCAGACCAUGGUGACAAGUAACCAAACUUUUACGGUGACAGAAUUUCUCUUCUCUGGAUUUCCCCAAAUUGAAGAUGGUAGCCUCCUCUUCUUUAUUCCUUUGUUCAUCAUCUACAUCUUCAUUGUUACGGGGAAUCUCAUUGUAUUUUUUGCAGUCAGGAUAGAUAUUCGUCUUCAUAAUCCCAUGUAUAAUUUCAUCAGCAUUUUCUCACUUCUGGAGAUCUGGUACACCACAGCCACCAUCCCUAAAAUGCUCUCCAAUCUCAUCAGUAAGAAGAGGACCAUUUCCAUUAUUGGUUGCCUCUUGCAGAUGUACUUCUUUCAUUCACUGGGAAAUUCGGAGGGAAUUUUAUUGACUGCUAUGGCCAUUGACAGGUAUGUUGCCAUCUGUAACCCUCUCCGCUACCCGACCAUUAUGACUCCCCAGCUGUGUGCUCAGCUCUCUGCAGGCUCCUGCAUCUUUGGCUUUCUUGUGUUGCUACCAGAAAUUGCAUGGAUUUCCACACUGCCAUUCUGUGGGCCCAAUCAAAUCCAUCAGCUCUUCUGCGACUUUGAACCUGUGCUACGCUUGGCUUGUACAGACACAUCCAUGAUUCUGGUUGAGGAUGUGAUCCAUGCUAUUGCCAUCAUCUUCUCUGUCUUGAUUAUUGCCGUCUCAUAUAUCAGAAUCAUCACUGUGAUCCUGAAGAUUCCCUCUGUUGAAGGUCGCCAGAAGGCCUUUUCUACCUGUGCAUCUCAUCUUGGUGUCUUUCUGAUGUUCUAUGGCAGCGUAUCCCUCAUGUACCUGCGUUUCUCUGCCACUUUCCCACCAAUUUUGGACACAAUUAUUGCACUGAUGUUUGCAGUUCUUGCUCCCUUUUUCAACCCUAUCAUCUAUAGCUUGAGAAAUAAGGAUAUGAAGAUUGCAAUUAAGAAGCUUCUCUGCCUUCAGAAAAUGUUUGAUGCAUCUGCAAGUUAAUGUCAGAUCAUAGGCAUCUCUCACUUUGGAUGUUACCCAAACAUAGUAGAUAAUAAAAUUAACAUGUAAUUCAUUUAUUAUACUGAUAUUUUCUGUUUACUUAUCCCAAUUCUUCUUUCCAUGUAAAAUUAUCCCAUUUAUGGAUUCAAUUAAGAUAUUAAGAACUAUCUGUUUAGGAGUUCCCGUGGUGGCGCAGUGG